AUGGAUAACCUCCUCCGCCGCCCUCCUCCUCGUCCAUGGAAGAAAGGCCCUUCCCGCGGCAAAGGCGGCCCUCUCAACUCCUCCUGCGACUACCGCGGCGUCCGCCAACGCACUUGGGGCAAAUGGGUCGCCGAAAUCCGCGAACCCAAGAAGCGCUCUCGCAUCUGGCUCGGCUCCUUCUCCACCGCCGAAGAAGCCGCCCUUGCCUACGACGACGCCGCUCGCCGUCUCUACGGCCCCGAAGCUUACCUCAAUCUCCCCCACCUCCGCGCCCUCCCCUGCUCUUCCUCCUCCCUCUCAAAUUCCAAACCUUUUUCCCGCCACCGCUUUCUCCGUUGGCUUCCCGUAUCCGCCGCCGCAAGCCGGCCCUUGCUUAAUCUCACCGCGCAGCAUAGCGUUCAUUCCAUACACCAGAGGUUGGAGGAGAUUAAGAAGAGAGGUGGUAGUGGUGGUGGGGGCGGUGGUGGCGGCGGCUCUGUUUCUAAGGUUCAGUAUGAGGAGAGGCCGCAGAUUGAUUUGAGGGAGUUUUUGGAGCAAAUGGGAGUGAUAAAGGAGAAAGAGAAGGUUGUGGAAGAAGCGAUGGAAAGGGAGGAGAAGGGAGAAGAGAUCAGUGAUGGAGGAGAGUUGGUGAAUUGGGAUGAGUUGGAGGAGAUAAGAGCGUUUGAAGAACACGCGGCGGCCGCGGCGGUGGUCGGAGGUGCUGGUGGUGGUUUUCAGUUGCCGCUUUAUCUCGACGUCGAUGAGGAGAUUAGUAGUCUGCCUAUUCCCAUUUGGGACCUCUAAAAAUUUCACUUUAGUUUUCUAUGAGCUUGUUAUAGUUGUUAAG